UUAAAGCAGCAUCAGCUACUGAUAAACAAGUGAUCUUUAGAUUCAAUUCAGAAAUGGAUUCUUCUUUCUUUCAUUCCCAAAACUCCGAUUUCUCGCCGGAAUCUUCAUUCGGGUCAUCGGAAACUUGUUUCUCAUGGGAUGGGCUUGGUUUCAAGCUAGAAGAUCCCCUUCCCUUCAAUGAGAAUGAUUCAGAGGAGAUGCUCCUUUUGGAUGUUCUCACAGAGGCGGCGCGUGAAUCACCGGCUACUACUCGCUGCUCUAUCAGAAUUAAAGAUGAAGAGGUGAGUUCCAAGGAGCAGAAAGAAGAAGAGACCCACAAGGAAAAGGAGCAGAAGUCUUAUAGAGGUGUCCGGAGACGACCGUGGGGGAAAUUCGCGGCGGAGAUAAGAGACUCAACUCGACGUGGGAUUCGUGUUUGGUUGGGGACUUUCGACAGUGCAGAGGCGGCGGCUCUCGCCUAUGAUCAGGCGGCGUUUUCGAUGCGUGGAUCACUUGCAGUCUUGAAUUUUCCAGUGGAGAAGGUGAUUGAGUCUCUGAGAGAGAUGAAGUAUGGAUUUGAGGAAGGGUGUUCACCUGUGAUUGCACUUAAAAAGAGACACUCCAUGAGAAGGAAGUCCAUGAGUGGGAAUAAUAAUAAGAGUAAAGGUAGAGAGAUGAGGAUACAAAAUGUGGUGGAAUUGGAAGAUUUAGGAUCAGAUUACUUGGAAGAACUAUUGAGUUCUUGUGUGGGUGCUAACCCUUGGUGAAUUAAUCAAGAUAGCCUAAUUAGCUUAGACAUCUUCUCUUGGUCCUUGUUAAUUACCUUACCUCUCAUUAUCUUUCUUUUAUUUCUUUUGUUCUUUAAUCUCUGGCUGUGUUUAGCUGUUAAACUCAAUCUUGGAGUAAUCCAAAUCAAAUCUUGUUCA